UCUUGUCAUUGUAUUUGCGGGUUUCUCUCAUCUUGUCCUGCAACUAACUAGGGUUUUUCUUUUUCUCCUCUGAACUCUCACAUCCAAUAGUAAAUUCCCCAAGAAUUCUCUGGGUGUUCUUCACAGACUUCUUUUUCACUUUCAUCAUUAAAAGAAUAUAGAUCUUGAAAGAGCUUCUACAACAAGGGCGAAAAAAAAGAGAAAAUCAUCAUCAUCAAUCAUGGCGUCUUCAAGCUAUUCGAAUUCACCCUGCGCUGCCUGCAAGUUCUUGAGAAGGAAAUGCAUGCCGGAUUGCAUCUUCGCGCCGUAUUUCCCACCGGAAGAGCCUCAAAAGUUCGCGAACGUUCACAAGAUAUUUGGGGCAAGCAACGUGAGCAAGCUUCUGAAUGAGGUGCAACCCCAUCAGAGGGAGGACGCCGUGAACUCUCUGGCGUACGAGGCGGAGGCGCGAAUCAAGGAUCCGGUCUACGGCUGCGUUGGGGCCAUUUCAGUGCUCCAGCGGCAGGUGAUUAGGCUCCAAAAGGAACUUGAUGCCACAAAUGCAGAUUUGAUCCGCUAUACCUGUAAUGAGAUGACAACUUUGCAUGAUGGGAGAAGAAUUGGUGAAGCUUCUUCCACUUUUUCUCAAUCUCCUAGUGCUUAUUAUUAUCCAUCUCCUUGGAACAAUGAUCCUUGUGCUGGGGAUGCUGGAUUUCACAGAGGAGGUGGUAACCAUAUGUGAUCAUUAUUAUCUUAAUGAU